AUGCCCAACAGCGACACCAGCGCGGCCCUCAGCUUCCACGACGCCACCAAGCUCAAUUACAUCAGCCUGUCCACAAAGCCGCCCCUCUAUAAAUCGUAUCCCGGCCUGCCGACCGUCGCCCUGCCGGCGGAGAUGCCAUCGCCCGAGGCGCCCACGCUGCCAGCAGUCGGCGGCGUGAUGUCCGAAUCGCCGGAUCCGCUGGAUCUUGCCGCCGUUGCCCAGCUGCUUCACUACUCCGCUGGGCUGAUACGGCGCAGCACCCUGCGGACUGCUGGCGAGGUACACUAUCGAGCCGCCGCCUCCGCCGGCGCGCUGUACCCCAUCGAGCUUUACGUGGUCUGUGGCGACCUGCCCGGCCUGGCUGCUGGCCUCUACCACUACUCCCCCUCCGGCAACUCGCUCUCCCUGCUGCGUUCCGGCAACUUCCGGGGCAACCUGGCCGCCGCAACCGCCGGUCAUCCAAGCGUCGCCGACGCGCCGGCCACCAUCGUCUGCAGCAGCGUGUUCUGGCGCAGCGCCUGGAAGUACCGCGAACGGGGCUACCGUUACUGCUAUUGGGACAACGGGACCAUCCUCGCCAACAUGACCGCCACGGCCAAUGCCCUGGGCCUGUCAGCCGAGAUCGUCGCCGGGUUCGUGGACUCGGAAGUUGAUGCCCUGCUGGGCCUUGAAUCGUCCAGCGAAGCCACGUUCUGCCUCGUCCCCAUCGGCAACGGCAGUCCUACACCGCCCGCAGUCAGCCCCCUCGAUGCAGUCGACGCCGGAGUGCUGGGAGUCGAGCGGCGUACCGAGUACCCAGAGACCAGCACCUUGCACGCUGGAUCAGUCCUCGCCAACACCUCUGAUGUUGCCAGAUGGCAAAAUUCUGCCCACGUUAGGAAGGACAGCGCAAACGCCAAGGAAGGGCCGGAUUCAGCACUCCUCGGUGCCACCAUCGCCCACAGGGGAUCGACGCGCCGCUUCGCCCGCGAGGCCAUGCCCACAGGGCGGCUGGAAGCGCUGCUGGCCGCGUGCACAUCGCCCGUCCCGGCAGACUACGGUGGCGGACUUAUCGACACCUACCUGAUCGUCAACGCCGCCGAGGGAAUCAGCCCCGGAACGUAUUUCUACUCGCCCGAAGAGGGGCAGUUGCAGUUGCUGGCGGAGGGCGAGUUCCGGGAGGAGGCGGGGCACCUGUGCUUCGAGCAGGCUCUGGGUGCGGACGCCAGCGCGGUGGCGUAUUUCAUGGCCGACCUGGACAGCAUUCUGUCGCGAUUCGGCAACAGGGGAUACCGCAUCGCCCAGCUGGAGGCGGGGAUCAUGGGCGGACGGAUGUACCUGGCCACCCACUCCAUGGGGCUGGGUGCCACCGGAAUGACGUUUUACGACGAAGCCGUGACCGCGUUCUUCUCUCCCCACGCGGCGGGCAAGAGCCUGAUGUUCCUGGUGGGGCUUGGCAUAACGCACGAGCGCAACCAGGUGCAUCCCUUCCGCUCCCGCAUCGGCAUCCUGAAGGACUCCCUCGCUCGCGGGGCAGGAGCGCAGGGCAGGGACGUCCCAGACUGGCUCUACGCUUAA